AUGCUUAUUUUACAAAUACAGUUUGGUGAAUUAGCUCCAUCUAUCAAGAAUGCAGUUUUGGAAUCAAGUUGUAUCAAUGCGGUAAAUCCAGGUUACAUUAGUGCUGGUUGUCCAGUGUCACCGGAUGGCUAUAACUUUGGUUGGCACUUUGUAUUACCAGAUAUAUCAAAUGCUUUUGUUUCGAUCAAUUGCCAGUUUUCCAAAGCUGGCACGGUCACUAAAAUGAUCUCAGAACCAUGUGGUAUGCAUGCAUACUGUUAUACACCAACUGCAGAUACUCUUCUUGGUUGCACGGCUAAUGUGAGCGGUACCGACACUAAAUUUACUUUAAGUGAUGUGUGCAUGCCUCCAAAUCCUUGUCUAGACAACAACGGUGAUUGUGAUAUAAAUGCUGCUUGUUCACAAGAUCAAUUCACGGGUGUACGCCUAUGUACUUGUAAAACUGGAUUCACGAACACUGGUACUACAUCCAAUGUCAUUUGCACAGAUAGCUGCCAAGUUCAGAAUGGUGGAUGCGAUAGCAAUGCAGUUUGUUCACAUGAUGGAACAACAGGCGCAGUAAAAUGUAGAUGCAAAACAGGAUAUACUGAUACGGAUGCAACUGCAAAUGUCGUUUGUACAGAUAGUUGUAAAAUAAAUAAUGGUGGAUGUAGUGGAAAUUCAAUCUGUACACAUGACUCAACAACAUAUGCAGCCAUAUGUACUUGCAAGAAUGGAUAUAAAAAUACUGGUUCUAGCUCCAAUGUCAUUUGCACAGAUAACUGUCUAACGAAUAAUGGUGGAUGUGAUGUCAAUGCAAUAUGUACUCAUAAUACAACAGUAGAUGUUAUUGAAUGCGUCUGCAGAACAGGAUAUACAAAUACGGGAUCUUAUUCAAAUGUUACUUGCACACAGAGCUGCCAGGUAGACAAUGGAGGUUGCGGUCCAAAUGCCGACUGUUCUCAUGAUGCAGUGACAAAUGGAGUUAAAUGUAUUUGUAAGAUUGGCUACGUAAACACUGGUUCUAGUUCAAACGUUAACUGUACAGAUAGCUGUACAAUAAAUAAUGGUGGAUGUGAUGCUAGUGCAAUUUGCACACAUAAUGCAAAUACGCAUGCUGCCGAAUGCUCAUGUAAAACUGGCUACGUAAAUGCUGGUUUCACUUCCAAUGUCGUUUGUACAGAUGCAUGUGAAAUAGAUAAUGGUGGAUGUGAAAUAAAUGCCAUGUGUUCUCGGGAUGCUGCAACAGGUGCGCUUAAAUGUACUUGCAAAACAGGUUAUACAAGCACAGGUUCCGGCUCAAAUGUCACAUGCAUGGAUAAUUGUCGAAUAAAUAACGGUGGAUGCGGUGCAACUUCAUUUUGUUCUCAUGAUGCAACUACCAAUGCAAUCGUAUGCACUUGUAAGACUGGCUUUAAAAACACUGGUACCGGCUCCAAUGUAAUUUGUACAGAUGGUUGCCUAGUGAACAAUGGUGGCUGUGAAGAACAUGCAGUAUGUUCGCAUAAUGCAAUUACAAAUGCAACUGAAUGUAAAUGCAAAACUGGAUACACAAACAUAGGUUGUAUCUGCAAUCCUCAUUGCAUGGAAAGCUGUCUAGUAAACAAUGGUGAUUGUGAUAUGAAUGCAGUAUGUUCUCAUGAUACAACAACAUAUGCAGUACAAUGCACCUGCAAACCAGGAUAUACAAACACAGGAACUAAUUCAAAGGUCAUUUGCACAGAUACUUGUGAGUUGAAGAAUGGUGGAUGCGAUAUGCAUGCCGAUUGUUUACAUAAUGUUACAACCAAUGCAGUUAUGUGCAGUUGUAAGACAGGAUAUACAAACACCGGUUCUGGAUCAACCGUCAUGUGUACAGAUAGCUGUCAAGUAGCCAAUGGAGGAUGUGAUAACAAUGCAAUUUGCACACAUGCUGACACUACAAAUGCAAUCAUAUGUACUUGCAAGACUGGAUAUACAAAUACUGGUUCUGAGUCCCAUGUUAUCUGCACUGAUACUUGCCAAGUAUCCAAUGGUGGAUGCGACAUGAAUGCAGAUUGUUCUCAUGAUUCACAAACUAAUGUAGUGAAAUGUACUUGUAAGACAGGAUAUACAAAUACUGGUUCCAAUACUAAUGCCACUUGCAAAGAUUGUUGUCACGUUGCCAAUGGUGGUUGUGAUAAAAAUGCCAUUUGCUCACACGACGAAAUAACCAAUGCUCCUACAUGUACUUAUACUUGUCAAGUAAACAAUGGUGGAUGUGAUACCAAUGCAGUUUGUUCUCACAAUACACAUACGAAUGAAGUCAUGUGUACUUGUAAGACUGGAUAUACAAAUACUGGCUCUGAUUCUAAUUGUACCUGCACAGAUAGCUGCCAGGUCAAGAAUGGUGGAUGCGAUUCUAAUGCUCAUUGUUCUCAUGAUUCAACAUCAUAUGGAGUUGUGUGUGCCUGCAAGACAGGAUAUACAAAUACUGGUUCAAGCUCGAAUGUUACUUGUACAGAUUCCUGUCAAGUAAACAAUGGUGGAUGUGAUAUGAAUUCAGUAUGUUCUCAUAGUACAGACACAAAUGCAGUCAAAUGUACUUGCAAAAUGGGUUAUACAAACACUGGUUCUGAAUCUAAUGUUAUCUGUACAGAUACCUGUCAAGUACGUAAUGGCGACUGUGAUUUAAAUGCCAUUUGUUCUCAUGAUAAAUCGACCAAUGCAGUCCAAUGUACUUGCAAACCAGGAUACACAAAUAUUGGUUCCGAUUCUAAUUGUACCUGCACAGACAGUUGUCAAUAUCACAAUGGUGGAUGUGAUGAACAUGCAGAUUGUUCACAUGAUGUGACAAGUUAUUCAGUUCAAUGUACGUGCCGAAAAGGAUAUACUAACACGGGUUCUGGCACCAUGCUCGUAUGUACAGAUACCUGUCACGUGAAUAAUGGCGGAUGCGAUACCAAUGCUAUAUGCUCCCAUGAUUCAACAACAAAUGCAGUCAUAUGUACUUGCAAGACUGGUUACACGAGCAAAAUGUAUGAUGCCAAUGUACAAUGCAUAGAUAGUUGUCAAGUAGACAAUGGUGAAUGUGAUAUCAAUGCCAGAUGCUCUCAUGAUUCAAGAACAAAUGAAGUAAUAUGUACUUGCAAGAAAGGAUACACAAAUACUGCAACAGGCUCGAACGCUACUUGCACCGAUAGUUGUACAGUAAAUAAUGGUGGAUGCGAUACCUAUGCCAUUUGCUCUCAUGAUACAACAACAAAUGCAGUUACAUGUACUUGCAAGGUUGGAUAUACAAAUACUGGUUCAAUGACUAAUGUCGUUUGUACUGAUACCUGCCAGGUAAACAAUGGUGGAUGCGAUAACAAUGCAUACUGUUCACAUGAUACAACGACAAAUGCAGUCACAUGUACCUGCAAAAACGGAUAUACACACACUGGUUCUGACUCUAAUGUUGUUUGCACAGAUACUUGUCUUUGUGGUAAUAAUGGUGGAUGUGAUGCCAAUGCAAUUUGUAUACAUGAUCAAACAACAUAUGACGUGCUGUGUACUUGCAAGACAGGAUACGCAUUUAAUAGUAUGGAUGCCAGCGGUGUUUGCACCGAUAAAUGUCAACUACAUAAUGGUGGUUGUGAUAACAAUGCAGUGUGUUCACAUAAUAAAACAACAAAUGAAGUUAUAUGUACUUGCAAAACUGGAUAUACAAAUACUGGUUCAAUGCCUGAUGUCGUUUGCACUGAUACCUGUCAAAUCGAAAAUGGUGGAUGUGGAUCAAAUGCCAAUUGUAUGCAUGAUGAAACAACGAAUGCAGUCAGAUGUCAAUGUAAGACCGGAUAUGAAAUGUCUGGUUCGAAUGGCACUUCCGGUUGCACAGAUGAUUGCACAAUCAACAACGGUGGAUGUGAUAGUAAUUCUAUUUGCAGUCAUGAUAAAAAAACAAAUGCAGUCAUAUGUACUUGCAAGACUGGAUAUACAAAUACAGGUUCUGAUACAAGUGUUGUUUGUACAGAUGUCUGUCAUGUGCAUAAUGGCGGUUGUGAUGAUAAUGCAAUCUGUUCACAUAAUGAAAACACAUACGAAGCCAAAUGUACAUGCAAGACGGGAUAUACAAACACUGGUUCUAAUUCCAAAGUCGUUUGUACCGACACCUGUACUAUCAAUAAUGGCGAUUGUGAUAUGCAUGCCGAAUGCUUACAUGAUAUAAUAACUUAUGCAAUAUCAUGUCAAUGUAAAACAGGAUAUAUCAACAGUGGUUCAGCUAGCAAGGUUGUUUGUACUGAUGCCUGCCAGAUGAAUAAUGGUGGAUGUGAUAAUAAUGCAAUGUGUUCACAUGAUGCAACAACAAAUGCAAUUACAUGUGCUUGCAAGACUGGAUAUACAAAUACUGGUUCACCCUCCUGUGUUAUCUGUACAGAUACUUGUACAAUUCAUAAUGGUGAAUGUGGUGAAAAUGCAAUUUGUUCACACGAUGCAACAACAAAUGCAGUUACAUGUACUUGCAAGACUGGAUACACAAAUACUGGUACAAUGUCUGGUGUCAUUUGUACCGACACCUGUCAAGUCCAAAAUGGUGGAUGCGAUGUACAUGCUGAUUGUUCACAUGAUUCAAAAACAUAUGCCGUGAAAUGUACCUGCAAAACAGGAUAUACAAGUUCUGGUACCGACCUCUACGCUACUUGCACAGAUACUUGUCAAGUGAACAAUGGUGGAUGUGAUAAUAAUGCUAAUUGUUUACAUGAUUCAUCAACGAAUGAAGUUACAUGUGUUUGCAAGACUGGCUAUACGGACACAGCGGCUGGUCCCCGUGUUGAGUGUAUAGAUAGCUGUCAAGUAAAUAAUGGUGGAUGCGAUAUGAAUGCAAUCUGUGAUCAUCGUUCGCCAGACAAUGCAGUUAAAUGCACUUGCAAGAUGGGAUAUACAAAUACUGGUACAGAAUCGAAUGUGACUUGUACAGAUACCUGUCACGUGAAUAAUGGUGGAUGUGAUGGCAAUGCAACGUGUUCACAUGAUACAACAAACAACGCAAUUGUAUGUACUUGUAUGACUGGUUAUACGAAUACAGGAUCUGGUUCGCACGUCGUCUGUGAAGAUACUUGUACAAUAAACAAUGGUGGCUGCGAUGAUCAUGCAAUUUGUUCACAUGAAUCCAAAACCAAUGCAGUUAAAUGUGAUUGCAAAAAAGGAUAUACAAACACAGGUUCUGCUUCUAAUGUUGUUUGUACAGAUGCUUGUCAAGUGAACAAUGGUGGAUGUAAUGAGAAUGCAGUGUGUUCACAUAAAGUAUCAACAAAUACAGUGAAAUGCAUCUGCAAAACAGGAUACACAAAGAGUGGCUGCGCCUGUAAUGCAAUUUGCACAGAUAGCUGUCAAGUGGACAAUGGUGGAUGUGAAAUAAAUGCAAUAUGUUCACAUGAUUCGGAAACGUAUGAAGUUAAAUGCACUUGUAAGACUGGCUAUACAAAUACAGCCGCUGACUCCAAUGUCACUUGCACAGAUACUUGUCAAGUAAAUAAUGGUGGUUGUGAUACAAAUGCAGUUUGCUCACAUAAUGGAAACACUAAUGCAGUUCAAUGCACUUGUAAAGCUGGUUACAAAAAUACAGGCUCUGAUUCUACAGUCGUUUGUACAGAUAUCUGUCAAGUGAACAAUGGUGGAUGUAAUAUUGAUGCAAAAUGUUCACGAGAUACAACAACAAAUGUAGCUGUAUGUACUUGUAAACCAGGUUUUGUCAAUACUGGUUCUGCCACCAAUGUUGUGUGCACAGUUCAUUGCAAGGUCAAUAAUGGUGGUUGUGAUGCAAAUGCGAUUUGUGCAAAUGAUAAAGAAAAUACAGAUGAUGUCAUAUGUACUUGCAAGCCUGGUUUUACAAACACUGGUUCUAUUCGCAAAGCUGUCUGUACAGAUAGCUGUAAAGUAAGAAAUGGAGAUUGUGAUACUAAUGCUAAAUGCUCACAUGAUUCAAAAACGCACGCAGUCAAAUGUACUUGUAACACUGGAUAUACAGAUACAGGUUCCGAUUCUAAUGUUACCUGUACAGAUAGCUGCACAGUGCAAAAUGGUGGAUGUGAUGAUAAUGCCAUCUGUUCGCAUAAUAAAAAAACAAAUUUACCUGAAUGUACGUGCAAAACUGGAUACACAAACACUGGUUGCUCCUCUAAUGUCAUUUGUACAGAUAGCUGUAAAGUGAAAAAUGGUGGAUGUGGCUCAAAUACAGUUUGUUCACAUGACAUGACAACAUAUGCAAUCAAAUGCACUUGUAAGAAAGGAUACGUAAACACUGGUACUAAUUCAAGUGUCGUCUGCAAAGACAUUUGCAAAGUGAAUAAUGGCGGAUGUGGUGACAAUGCAAUCUGUUCACGUAGUUCAUCAACAGGUGCAGUCAAGUGUACUUGUAAGACUGGCUACACUAAUACUGGUUCUUCUUCUCAGGUCACUUGCACAGACAGUUGUAAAGUGAAUAACGGUGGAUGCAAUGAAAAUGCUCAAUGUUCUCAUGAUUCAAAAACAUUUGCGACCAAAUGUGCUUGCAAGACAGGUUAUGCAGUCGUAGGUUGUACCUGUAAUCCUGUCUGCGUAGAUGAAUGUGAGAUCGACAAUGGUAACUGUCCUUACAAUUCAGUUUGCUCACAUGAUGCUAAAACAUUUGCAACAAUAUGUAGUUGCAAAGUUGGAACUACAAAUACUGGCUCUAAACAUAAACUUGUUUGUACAGAUAGCUGUGAAGUGAAGAAUGGCGAAUGUGAUGCUAACGCAAUGUGUUCUCAUGAUGCAGCAACAAAUGCAGUUAAAUGUACUUGCAAGACAGGCUAUGCAAAUACAGGUUCAAAUGGUCAUGUAACUUGUACUUUGACUGCCGGUCGUUGUGUAGCGAAUGUAAACUCGAAACAUGUCAAUACAACUAGUAAGACGUUUCGAAAAGGCACUUGUCCCGUAUCUUCGAAUGGUCGUUAUGGUUGGCAUUUCACUACACCAGAUGUAUCAACACUUUUUGUCUCUAUCGAGUGCCAAUUCAAGACAGCUGGCCGUGUGACAAGAAUGAUUCAGACACCAAGCACACAACAUGCCUAUGUUUACACAUCAACCCACGAUACUCUUCUGAGUGCAACGGCCGUAGUACAUGGUUCAACAAAGUCCUUUUCUUUAGAACAUGUGUGCGGUGACUAA